GUAUACACGAAACUCUUAAAAGAAAAUAAAUAAAAUAAAAGGGGAAAUAUUAGAAUAGCACAAGUUGAUCCCACCGUCAACUACGAUUCAACUAUAUAAUAGGGCGAAAAUACAUAGUAAUGUGUUCAUCUGCAUUAGGUUAAAUCCAAUCUACGAUAAUGGGAUUACUUGGAAAAUUGGUAGCCCAAAUAGAGUUCAAAGCUGGGGGAGAUGUCUUUCAUGAAUUAUUCACACACAGACCACACCAUGUCUCCACCACCGCUCCUGAGAAGGUUCAUGGCUGUGACUUGCACCAAGGAGAAUUUGGAAAAGAAGGCUCCAUUAUCUGCUGGAAGUACACUCAUGAUGGGAAAAAAAGGGUUGCAAAGCAAGUGGUUGAAGCCAUAGAUGAGGAGAAAAAGUCAAUAACAUUCAAGAUGCUUGAAGGAGAUUUGAUGGAGCUCUACAAGAAUUUCAUCAUAAAAAUUCAUAUUGAAACCAAAGGGGACAUCGACUUGGUAACGUGGACUCUAGACUACGAGAUGCCUAACGAGGAUGUUCCACAUCCAAUUACACUGCUUGCCUUCUUCAUUGAUCUCACUAAGGAUAUCGAGAGUCAUCAUAUUGGGAAGCCUUGAUUGAAAUGGACGGUUUAGAUGCAAAAAUAAUGAUGUGACGGUUUGGACUUGAACUUGAACUGGAACUUGUCGAAUAUUAUCUACUUAUAUGAAAUGAAAUAAGGAAAAGUUAUGUAAUCUAGAAAGUUGAGUGCUUAUUUUCUAUGCUUGUUAUUAAGUGUUUAACGUCUUGCAUGUAAGUGUGGAAUAAAUAUUUAAAGGGUUCCUUUCGAUAUUAAUAAAUAUGUAAAGGGUUCCUUUCGAUAUUAAUAAAAAAGUGAUAUUUUUUUUUU